GCAAUGGCUCAAUCAGGUUAUGGGUACGACUACGACCCAUUACAUAGCUAUCCUCCACGCGCUCCGUAUGCGCAUCAGCCAUAUCAUCCCUCAUAUCCGGUUCCAGCGAAUAGCUAUCCAAAUGGUGCGGUGCGAACCAUUGUACAUGGCGAACCGGCUCCCAGAGAUGCCUAUAAUCACCAUAAUGUGAUUCCUGGGCUGGCUUUGAACUACUCGCAGAACGCGGCGCAGUGGCAAGACGGCUGGGCGAACCAGCAGCAGCCCUCUUUCGGACCAGGACAUCCCGAUGCUACUCAAGUCAAUGUUUCUACGCAACAGACCGAUAUGAGUGAGGAGGGCGAGAUCAGCGAAGGUGAGGUGGAGGAUGUCUAUGAGCCAAGGGACGCCGAGACCGUCGGCGGCACAUCAUACAUGCGUAUAGACACAGGAAACUUCUCCGGACUGAGCAAUACAAACGGCAGGCAGACGGCCGAUGACCCCUCAGCCGUCAUCUCCGCAGGUCGAGAUCGCUCAGGUUCAUAUUCACCUUACCUUUCCCCUCAGGAAAUCGACCAUCAUUCUUCCGACGAACCACAGUUGAACAAUACCAAGCCUUCGCAAGUAGCAGAGCCGGUCGCCAAAAUGAACAGAGAGAAUCAAUCCGCUCCCAGCUCACCGCACGUCAAGACUGUUGCUGCGGCACGAAAACAGGCCCGGGAUGCCAUUCUUCGGCUAUGGCCAUUAAACGUACGAUACCAGGACUACGUCAACGAGGGGAUCGAUAAAUCCAUAUUGGACGGCCUUUUCGAGGAGCUGGGAUUUGAUGUAGAUGCAGCAGGCAAUGCUGCAGCUGCAUCCGCAUCCGUGGCAGCUUCAGCUCCCCCGCCAGCCGCAAAACAGCAACGUUCAACAAAGACCCAGUCUGAGAAAUCGAAGAUUCUAUAUCAAAAGAUGGAGGCUCUGCGAAAAGCUCGUGAACUCGAGGCGCGAGGACAGAAGCGCCCUCAUUCAGACGCGCCUCCUCAACAAACCCAACAAGUAACGGACAAGGGCAAUGAUGCUACAGCAGCAGCCUCAUUCGAUACGACCACCAUUGGCAUACGUGCUGCCUCGCGGGAAUGCACGCCAGCCCAAAGCGUCAGCCCCAAUGGACACCCUCCGUCAAUUCCAGGUCUCUUUCUCUCUUCCACGCCGCAGCCUCCACAGUCUACGCAUGCAUUAUUGGAGCGCUCGGCCUCUACCGGCAUGGUGGAUUCGAACCCGAGGCCUUCGAAGCGUCCAUUUGGCCAGACCAGAAAGCCCGUCCCAUUUCUCAUUGAUGUUAGCGACGACGAAGAUGAUGCUGAAAUGGACAUUGACUCUCCUGAGCAAAAAGUAACAGUGCUGGCUACGAGAGCACAUCCGGCGCUCAAGACUUCGGUGUCCCUUCGUACCAUUCCAUCUGUUGCCGACAGUGCGGCUGCAGCACAACAAUAUUCGAGCCCUAUGACCACGCCUCCUGGCGGUGGCAGCGACAACAGCGCCGCGAAAGACAACUUGGACAACAUGACCAAGAAGAUUGAAGCCAUGAAGAGAAGAAUCGCAGAGGCUGAGGCGCGUAAGAAAGCAAAGCAGUCCCAACCAGAUUCACCGGCUCUUCCAGCGAUGAACGGCGACUCCACCAAUGGCACUUUUGAGACUACCAUCAACAGCAAAGCUACGAGUCUGCCCGUAUCCUUGUCUAUCGAAAGCCAGGACCUCCCACGCUCAACUCCCCCAAUGUCAGCCUCGUCACCAGGGCUGCCUCGAUUAUCUGAAGCGAGUCCACAAAGUGGAAACGAACGACACCGCAGUCGCUCGCGUGCGGCUAGCGAGCGCCUCCCAAUCAUUGAAGCCCGUCGCCGAGAGCAACAGCUCAAGCUGCAGCUCCUGCAAGCUCAGAUGGCGAAUAUUCAACGCGAGAUUCAACAAAGCCUUGAAGAAGAGGAGAAGUUGAAGGAGGACGUUGAUGCAGUAUCGAGCAGCGAAGAAACACAAGAGCCGCAAGCCUUGUCUCCUGCUAAGCCGUCAAGUCCUUCUUCUCCAUUGACGGACGCAAUGGAUAUUGCGAGCAUAUCCUCGCAACACAACCUUGGAGCUCGACAAACCCGUGAGACGUCACCACAUCAGCUUGAAGAUUCCCAAUACGAACAGCAGCCCAACUCGCUCAUUGCUGAGGAGACCAAAGAAAAGCCGUCAGCUAACGAACUGGCCUCAAUCCAAGCGGCGAAUACAACAGCUGUACUCGUUGAUGACCUUGGCCAGGGGCCUGAUCAGACCGUUGUGUCGGUGCAAGACGAUGACGCUACCACCACGCUGGUAGAGGAGACGGUAGAGGAGACACAAACUUCCGCCCUGUCGGAAGCCGGCGACGCCAACGACGCAGAAGACGGAUCAGACGGCUACGAGCCUCCAGACGCUGAACUAUCCAGCCCCUCGGGGGAGUCCUUGCGAGCUUCAACUUCCUUCAGUCCCGCGCCUGCUGACCUGGCUUCGUCCGAAGUGGGCACGAGUGGUCUGCAGGAUCAAGAAAUCGCGACAGAAACGACUGCCGCACAACAGAUCUCUACGGGCCGAGGGGAUACAGCUUCUGAAAGUGGAAGAGAAGUAGACGUUUCCCUGCGCACAGAGGGCCGACCGCUUUGUCUAAUCGCGCAACAGGUUGAUCAAUCGCCCCUUCGAUACUUCCACGCAUAUCGUUUCCAUCCCGAGUACUCCAAGACCGUCGCAGGCGGCCUUCGCUCCUUAACAUACAGCAAUAAGAUAGAUGUGAAGCACCAGCUGUGCCCCGACGAGCUGCUCCACAACAGCUGUUCGAAGGGCAAAGAGUGCGAGUUCCAACAUUUCGAGGACAUGAAAGCACCGGAUGACCAAAUCCUCCUCCAGCUUGGCGCUCACAACGAGUUUGACGAGGCGAGGAAGAACGAGUACAUCAACGGGCUGAAGCUCCUCUUGACGGAUUUCCGCAACCGCAAGGUCAAGGACUUUCAGACCAUCAGCCAGGGGAUCAUUGACUACCGAGCCCAAUUUCUCGGAGACAAGAGCAAGAUCCUCCCCUUGGGCGGCGUUACGAUCUGA